UGCCGACCUUGCGAAGCGCAAGUUGCUUCGGGAGAAAAUUCCCCUACAAAUGGGGGGUUCAAGCAGUAAAAGACGGGUUGAAUUUAAUGACCCAAACGAUCCAAUUGUGAUUUCUCAAGAUGUGGCAAAGAGAAUUGGAGUGGAUCCAUACAAUCCUGGUAAACCUUCAAGGAGGAAAUUGGAGAGUGAAGAAGAAUUGACAGAUUUAUACAACAGUAAAAUCAAAGAAUUGGAGGCCAAGAAUGCUGAUUUGUUAAAAGCCAGAGUUAAUGAAUUUGCACAAGCUGUACAAGAAGUAGAAAAGAAAUUUAUGAACACCACAGGAUCUCCGGUAUGUCAGGACCUACAGGACAAGGUUUUCCACUGCUACACAGAAAACAGUAAAAAGACAUUGCUAUGUUCUGCCGAAGUUAGAGCUUUCUUUGAAUGUGUAGAGAGAGCAAGAGCGAAUGCUCUGAUGAGAAAGGGAUAAGGAGGAGGAGUCCAUUUCAUUAUUAACUACACUUAACUACACAUAUAACAUAAAGUGACGUUACAGAACCACUAUACAAUAGUGGUAUUGACAUUUUAGUUGUGAUUAUUGGCAAUGCAGUAAUAAAGUUUGUAUUGCAUAUAUA